AUGAAGAAUCAAAAUUGGUUUCCUUGUUUAUUUUCCAAUGGGAUCUGUUUGUUCCGGAUUAAUAUCUUUCAAUAUUUAUUGCUUACAUUGGUAUUAUUAAGCGCGACUAGCGAUGGAUCCUCAAGGACAUGUCGAUUUCCUAAAAAUAACCAUAAUGUAUUUUGGACCGGUGGAAUCGUUUCGGGCUUUAUUGACUUUGUCAAUGAUGAUGAGUCUCGUUUGAAAUUGGAGCGUAUUAAUGCCGAAUUGAUCGGUGAAUUUGUUCAAGUUGGAAAGAAGAUAAACGAUAGUUUACCGAGAAAUAUCUCACGAGUGAAAUUCCACACUGAACGAGUGCUUGUACAUCCAAUUGGUACGCAGGGCAAUUUUCGUGUACCGUAUGGUACUAACAGUUGGCCGUUUCGUUUUCAACUCGGUACUAACUUACCACCUUCGCUCAAUAAUAACGAUCCAUAUAUGUCAUCGAUUCAUUACUUUAUUCACAUUACAUUUGUUCGUCGUGAAUGGUAUAAUUUGAAUUUCGAAAGCAAAUGUCCUAUUGUUGUUAAACAUUUAUCUUCGUCGGUAAAUGCACAGAAAGUUGAAGCAAAAGAUAAAAAUCGAAAGGGCAUUCGUAUGCAUGCGGUUCUUCCAGAAAAUUUUGUCACUGCUGGAAAUUAUUUUUCGUUUGAAGUCGAUUUUUACAAUGAUAAACGAUCGACAUUAAAAAUAAUAACGGCAACUCUCAUUCAAAAUCAGCAAUUGAAUUCCGAAGAAAAUAAUCUUUUCGUUCUUCAAAAGCAAGUUCUGCAAAAUACUCAAGAUUUUAAAGGCAAACGCUUUAAUGGAAUCUUUCGAAUGGAUGUGCCCCACACGGCUCCAGCUGCCUUUACAUAUCAACUUACCUCUAAUUAUGCUAAAAAGCACCUGGCCGUAAAUUAUUAUGUACUGAUUGAAGCGCAUCUUCCGGGCUUUUUUACCAAUAUUAAUUUAAUACUUCCAAUAACUAUCACCAAUGCCAUGCCGAAAAAAAAUCUUCGUAUAUAA